CAUGGAAAAAGCUGUGGUCGCUCCCCCUGGUAUUGUAAUCAGCCUGAUCGUGUGUCAAAGUCGGUGUCUGGUGCUUGACAGCUACUGUGAGGUUGUCAAGGGACCCGGUGAAUAAUUCAUGGUUGCUUGGGGCGACGGUGCUAGGUAGAUCGAGAAGCUGAGUCUGGAGAAGAUGUUUCUCUUCUUCCUUUGAAUUGCCCAGCAGCGCUGGGCUAUGAGCCCCUUGAGGGAGAGGAACUGACUGGAUGGACGACACACGUUCGGUACUGAGGACGAUUUCCCCGAUCCAUUGCUCCGUGUGUCCCCCGUCUUGAGUCGGGGGCAACCGUGCUUUCGCCGGCCUGAUCCUGCGGCUACGGGAAGAUGUUUGCCAAACUGAAGAAGAAGAUUGCUGAAGAGGCGGCUACCGCUCCGCGGCCGGGAGGGGCCACCAGGAUGCCCAGAUCGGUCAGCAGGGAGUCGAUCACGUCUGCGGGAGCGGACUCCGGCGACGACUUCCACUCUGACGGAAGCAGCUCCAGAGAAGACCUUUCAUCUCAGCUGUUCCGAAGGAACGAACAAAUCCGGAAGCUGGAGGUCAAGCUGUCUGAUUACGCUGAGCAGGUCCGAAACUUGCAGAAGAUUAAGGAGAAGCUAGAGAAUGCCUUAGAGACACACCAGGAUUCCUUCGUGAAGAAGCUUCAAGAGCAGAACGAAGCUCAUCAAGCCAGCACGGCCAAGAUGGCGGAAGGGAUGGCGCUGGCGCUGGAAAAGAAGGACCAGGAAUGGCGAGAGAAGCUGUCCCACCUUGAGAAGGAGAGGAAGGUCCUUUCGGCCCAGCUGCAAGAGAUGAGGGAGAAGAGCCUGAACCUCUUCCAGAAGAGGGACGAGAUGGAUGAGUUGGAAGGCUUCCAGCAGCAGGAACUGGCGAAAGUCAAGCACAUGCUUUUGCAGAAGGAAGAGUCGCUGGCCCGGAUGGAGCAGGAGCUGGGGUCUUCGGAGCAAGAGCUGAGGGGCGCCCGGGAGGAGCUGCAGGCCUCCCGCUCGCUGUCCUCGCGCCUGGCUGGGGAGCUGAAGGAGCUACGGCAGCAGCACGCGGCCCUGGAAACAGAGAGGGAUGAGCUCAUAGACGCGGAGGAGAGCGCGGAAAGCAAGAUUACCAGCCUGGAGCAGCGGGCCCACGAGCUCCAAGCCUACAUCCAGCGGCUGUCGGUAGAUCUACAAAACGCGCAGGUCGCUGCCUCCGGCUGCGAAAAGAAGCUGGAAUCCUUGCAGGGCGAACACGCCUCUCUGAAAGUGGAGUACGAGCAGCAGAAGCAAAAGAUGACCGCCGAAGUGGAGGAGAGAAGCCGGCUCGUGGGCCACCUGCAGGAGAAAGUGGCCACCCUGGAGAAGCGGUUCGAAGGGAACCUCUCGGGCGACGAGCACGUCCGGGAGCUGCUCAGGGAGAAAAGUGCUCUUGAACAGAGGCUGGAGGAAGCCAGGCAGCAACUCUCAUCGGCCCGGGCCGGUCACACGGAGAGCCUAAGCCUCCUGGAAACGCAGAUCAGCAAACUGAACGGCGAAGCGGCCGAGAGGCAGGCGCACCUGAGCGAGCGUGAGGCGUUCAUGUGGAGCCUCCAGGAGAGCGGCACGCACCAGCUAAAAGACCUUGAGCGAGCCCUGCAGCUUGCCGAAGAGGCAACCGCAAGAAGCAAAGAUGACGUCGAGGAGAAGGCGCUGCAGAUCCAGAAGCUGCAAAGGGAUCUGGAGUCGGAGAGCAUCCGAUCGCAGGAGCGCCUCUCCGCGGCGCAGCGCCAGUGCACGGAGCAGGUCGUGGCGUUGAAGGAGCAGGUCGCAGUCCUCGAAGGCGCGCGGGAGUCUGACGGGACGGCCACCCGGCUCCACGUGAGCCAGCUGGAGAAAAGCAACAAAGAGCUGAAAGACAGAUGCGGCGACUUAGAGAGCUCGUUGUGGACGCAGGAGUCUGAGCUGGAAAGACUAAAGGACGAAUUGCGCAGCAGCGCCGCCAUCGCUGAAACCCUGGAGGAGACGCGGAAAGGCAGGGAGGAGCUCCAACAGCAGGUCGCUGGUCUCGCCUCGUCGCUGAAGGAGAAGGACCUGCUGAUCGCGAGUAAAACGGACGCGCUUCGGAAAGAGGAGGAGGAGCUGAAGCGUUUGAGGCAAGGCCAUGACACGGUUCUGCUGCAGAUGCACCACUUGCAGACCAGCCUGGAGCUGGGCCAGCGCAAGGCUGCUGAGAGGGAGGCCGUGGCGGAGGAGCAGAUCGGCGCGUUGCAGGCCCAGCUGCGGGAACAGCAGGAGCGCCUGCUCGCCAGCGAGAAGCAGGCUGCUAUGCUGGAACUGGCGUCGGCGGCGUUGACAACGCACUUGCACCCCUCUGAAGUCGGAGAAGGCGAGCCCAAUGGGGAAGUGGCUGCCACGGACGUCGUCCAGCUACAGAAGGAGAACAGGGACCUGGAGCAGCAAAUUGCAGAGAAGAACAAGAUGAUAAAGCAGCUACAACAGAGGAUGGCGGAACUAAAGAAGACCCUGCAGAAGGAAUUGAAAAUCCGACCCGACGGCGAGGUCCCUGAAGUGCCCACUGCCGCCUUGACUGUGACAAACAACUCCGACCUGACCGACUCCCGGGAGAUCAACUUUGAGUACCUGAAGCACGUGGUGCUAAAAUUUAUGUCUUGCCGGGAAUCGGAGGCGUUCCAUUUGAUCAAAGCGGUGUCCGUGCUGUUGAACUUCUCUCAAGAGGAAGAAAACAUGCUCAAGGAGACCUUGGAGUACAAGAUGUCCUGGUUUGGGUCAAAGCCAUCUCCGAGGGGCAGCAUCCGGCCUUCCAUCUCAAGCCCGAGGACCCCGUGGUCGUAAAUGGCUCCAGGAUGUGCCGCCCGCCCACCUGCCCGCCUCCGGCUGCUGCUGCUUCUCUUCCUACGGAAAGGAUGCCGCGCCCACUGAUGGAGGUGUCUUAAAUCGCCGCUGCCACAUUAUUUUGUACAAGAGCAUUGAAAAAAUUGUUUACAAAGCCGUGCUGUACAAGGAGUGUCCUUUCUGGCAGCCAGAUCCCUUCCGUCGUCCGGUGGGGGGGGAACAGCCGAUGUCAGGGUGGGCCGCGUCGUGGCCGGCCCUCCGAGGCCUUCUGGAACCAAAGCGUUAUGUUUGUGGUAGCGCGGGAAGGCUUGUGCCAGGGCAGAAACCGCCACCCGCGUACAGUGAGCUUGCUGCCCUAGCGUCGUUCCUGACAGCGCCGAAUCCUUUGGGGACAGGAAGCCAUUGGGUGGCUUUGGACUGUCAGUCCCACCCCCCUUUUGCUUCACACGGACGUCACUUGCUGGCACGUUCAACCUCCGCUGGAAAACGGCGUCCGCGACCACCGCCGGCAGAGCACAACUUUCUACAGGGUCAGCCAGCUUUAUUUUUCUUAAAGAAAAACAAUUUUAAAUGGUCUUUUACGACGUUUCUUGCCUUUUUAAACUAACGUAUUAAUGUGUAAUAGCGGUAGCCGGCUGGAAAGAGGACAGCUGCCGCUCCUUUUCAUAGUGGGGCUAGAACGCCACAGCGUUAAGAGGAGGCACCGGGAUUUAACCUCCUUGACAAGAUUGCUGCGGGAAACAGGGUUGGUUUCACCUGGGAUUUGCUUCGCAGGGGCAGGGGAGCGGUUGCGAGAGCAGCCCGGACCCGGCACGUCCAACCUCCAGCGUAUCCCAGCGUCGGUCUACGUGCGACCUGUGGAAGAAGCGCGAAGGACUGACCCGGUCAGCCCUUUGGACGGACGCAUCAGCUGGCUCAAACAACCGCGGUUGAUUUUUAACACUACUUGAGGGAACGGAAUCGCUGGAUCUGGGUCAGGUCAGGUCAGUGGUGAGCCCCACACCCACGAGAUUAGAAACUGCAGGGUGGGCUGGGGUUAUUAACCAGUUUAUUUAAACGUUCUAUAUAUACUAUACUGUACAGAACCAUGUAAGGCAGCGGACUGCAGUUCUGUUACCACCGCAUAUUGCUAAGCAACAGUAUUUUUAUUUUUACCAAAUUGCUUCUUAAGAAAAAUGUAACCGGGGCUCCGAAGUAAAGUUUCUAACCGUUGGCACUUCUGCAGUUAACCCAAGAUGUACAUUUUUGGGGAGUGCCAGAUUUUAAGGUCUUGUAUAGAAGCCCGCUUUGUCAGCGCCUUCUUGUGGGUGUGUAUGUUCAUUCGAUAGUAGCAACUGAUGCACUUUUGGGGGCCUUGUACAAAGGGAACACAACCCACCUGGAAGGGGGCGGGGGGGGGAAGCCUUUAUGGACUCAUUCGGUGUACAUAGGGGACUGUGCUCUGUAAUGGCUUGUAGAGACCUGAUUUGCGGUGCAAUACAUUUUUUGAUUAAAA